AUGCCUGUACUUGGUCGGCUCCUCGGCAACCACUCAGACCGAUACUCGCAUUCAAUGGCUCUAACGACGCACCUCACCGUUCUCGAGCGGAGUGCCUCGCAGUUCUCUACCGCACCGGCCUUCAAGGUUCCCGACUCUGCGGGCGCGACAGUCGGGAUACGACGCUGGAAGACCAUCACGUACGAGCAGUUUCAUCGUGAUGUUGAGCAUUCAGCUCGAUACUGGCUAUCGAAGCUCGAGUCGAACAAUAUACGUCCGGGUUCCGUGGUGGGCCUCUGGCUUGGGGGUCUAACAUACCUCGACACACUCCACAUCUUCGGCAUUGCCAGAGCCGGAUAUAUCCCUCAGCUAUUUUCUCUUCGCCUCCCAAAUCCAGAAGUGAUAUACGAGCUUAUGGGCAAAGUAGGCGCUGCCGCUCUUAUUUACGACAUCUCCUUCGAGUCGUCCAUGAGCGAUUGUCCAGCUUUGGCAUUGACUGCCGUGGAUAUCUUCGCCGAGAUCGUCCCGAAUACACUCUUGCCUGCACCGUUCCAGCCAGCAUCUGGAGAGGAGAUUGCGAUGAUUUUUCACACCUCUGGGUCAACAUCCGGCUCACCGAAGCUGGUGCGAUGCAAUUACAAGUGGCUCGACGCCGUUAUUGCAAAGACCGGCCAUAUCAGCAAGCCGCAGCAGGCCAACCGUCUGGACGUCAUUUCGUGGAUGGGAAGCAUGUGCCACAUUGGCCAGACCCUCACUCUGAUCGGUGCACUACAACAUGGUACCUGCGUUAUUGCACCAACCACAAUCGGAUUCUCUUCGGAUGAGAUGGUCGAUAUGAUUGAUAAGUGCGGCUUGAAUUGUCUCACCCAGUUCGCUCCCUUCCUAGCGAUACACCUGCGCAAUGCCCGUGAAAAUCCCGUCAUCCUACAAAAACUAAAAAGCCUGGAGGAAGUCAUGUAUGCUGGAGUGGCCCUAUCCGCGGAAGACGAGGCCUGGGCUCGUCAAAACGGAAUUUUGCUCAGAAAUCUAUUCGGUAACACGGAGUGUGGGGCGAUGUUGCGAUCCAUCGGAGGGCGUGGGCGUGAUGCUGCGUUCUUACAGCCCAUCGAAGGUACAAGAUACGCGUUCGUCCCCAUCACAUCCAGCUCCGACUCAGAGUCGACCUAUCAGGAUAUCAACUCCUCACUUCUGGAGCUCGUGAUCCUCUCGGAGUCGGGCGACUGCCCAGAUCCUUCGCUUAGACAAGCCGACGGGCAUUUCCACACCGGCGACCUCUUUGUAGAGGUCGCACCUGGUUCCUAUGUUUCCCGCGGACGCGAUGACGAUUGGAUCAAAAGCGAAAAUUGCCUUCGGUGCGAUACGAAAGCAAUUGAGGACAAUGUCAGGGCGACCUGUAACCAGUUGAUCGCAGAGUGCGUUGUCGUUGGCAAUGGGAGGCCCUCACCCACGCUAUUUGUCGAGUCCAAUGGCGAUGUCGACGCGGAGAAACUGAAGAAAGAUAUAAUCCGCCGGACGCGACGUUUUCAUUCCCGGCGAUACUUGCACGAGCGUAUUACUUCGCCCAAAUUCAUCGUUGUCGUUCCGCCGAAGAGUCUCCCGAGGACCGCGACGAAGGGAAACAUACGGAGGAGAGCAGUUGAAGAAGCGUUCAAAACGGAACUAGAUGCCGUGUAUGGAGAUGCCUCGCCGAGAUGA